CCCCCAAAUCCCUAUUCUUUCUCUCUGCCAUGUCGUCCUCUCUUCUUCAAUCUAGGGUUCCCACCGCACUCUCUUUCUCUUCAUCUAUCGCCGGCGGCACUAAACCCCAAUGGCGCUUUACCUCCGCACCUGCCGUUACAUUUACUCGCCGCACCAGGAAUUCCACCAUCCAUGCUAAAAUCAGAGAGAUCUUCAUGCCUGCACUCAGCUCCACCAUGACUGAGGGCAAGAUCGUGUCUUGGAUCAAGUCCGAAGGCGAUGUUCUUUCCAAGGGGGAGUCCGUUGUCGUUGUUGAAUCUGAUAAGGCUGAUAUGGAUGUCGAAACUUUUUACGAUGGAAUUCUUGCCGCUAUUGUUGUCGCUGAGGGUGAAUCGGCUCCAGUCGGUGCUCCCAUUGGUUUAUUAGCGGAAACUGAAGCUGAAAUUGAAGAAGCUAAAGCGAAAGCCGCUGGUGCUGGUAGUUCAGCUCCCUCCACGCCUGCUGCUUCCGCUCCUUCUCCGCCACCGCCACCGGCUCCGGUUGCUGCCGCUCCUACACCAGUUGCGGCCCCUGUUGCGGCCGAUGGACCGAGGAAGAUUGUUUCGACACCUUUUGCUAAGAAGCUGGCGAAACAGCACAAGGUUGAUAUAAAUAAGUUGGUUGGGACUGGGCCCUUUGGGAGGAUUACUCCUGCAGAUGUUGAAGCAGCUGCCGGAAUCGCCCCUGCAAAAAGCUCAGCCGCCCCUGUAACUGCUGCUGCUCAUGCCCCUGCGGCAGCAGCUGCUGCUGCCCCGGCUAAAUCCGCACCCACAUUUGCUGAAAUUCCUGGGGCAACUAUUGUUCCAUUUACCACAAUGCAAGCUGCGGUCUCAAAGAACAUGAUUGAAAGCUUGUCUGUGCCAACCUUCCGUGUUGGUUACCCGAUUAUAACAGACGCUCUUGAUGCUCUAUAUGAGAAGGUCAAGCCUAAGGGUGUUACCAUGACCGCUUUGCUAGCAAAGGCUGCUGCUAUGGCCCUUGUUCAGCACCCUGUUGUAAAUGCAAGUUGCAAAGAUGGAAAGAGCUUUACUUAUAACAGUAGCAUCAAUAUUGCUGUGGCUGUGGCUAUCAAUGGCGGUUUGAUUACCCCUGUUCUUCCAGAUGCUGACAAGUUGGAUCUUUAUCUGUUAUCCCAAAAAUGGAAGGAGCUUGUGGAGAAAGCACGGUCGAAGCAACUUCAGCCCCAUGAGUACAACUCAGGGACUUUUACUCUAUCCAACUUGGGCAUGUUUGGAGUGGAUCGCUUCGACGCUAUUCUUCCUCCUGGACAGGGGGCUAUUAUGGCUGUUGGAGCUUCAAAGCCUACUGCUGUUGCUGAUAAAGAUGGAUAUUUCAGCGUGAAAAGUCAAAUGCUGGUAAAUGUUACCGCUGAUCACCGAAUUGUAUAUGGAGCGGACUUGGCUGCUUUCCUUAAAACAUUCGCAAAGAUUGUUCAAGAACCCGACAGCUUGACGAUGUAAAAGGUUUCGGUUUUCUCAUAACAGUUACAUGAUAGACCGAACCGUUGGGUUUGCGGCGGUAGCACUCUUUGGUUUCUAGCAUAUGCAAUACCAUGUUGUGCUUCUAUUUUUCUCUCUUUUUUCUCGUUACUCAGAGAUUCUUUUAGGCAUUUCGAACGGGUGAAUAAAGACUUCAACGACAAAAAGAAAGAUCGAUCCCAUUUUCUUGAGGGUUUAGGAACUCGAUUUCUUGUUGCUUGGUUUUCUUAUUACUAGGGUUUUUAAUCUCCCCAUAUCAGGGUUUUGUUUUAGUGGAUUAAUUGUUAUCUCGUGGAUGGAAUAUGUUUGUUGCUAGAAAUUUUAAAUCUUGGGGUGAUUGGUAUUGAAUAAUGAUUUCAUCAA